AUGGAACCUUCAGAGCAACCUGUUCUCAAAGUCAAUCGCACUCAAACCGCUCUCGUGCUUGGAGGGAGUGUUCCUUCUGCUGUUCCCCCCGAUCUUUUAAUUCCUGGACCAAAAGGACUUGCGCCUUUACAAGGGAACACAGUCAAGAUUUUGGCUUCCAUACUUACACCACCUCUAUGUCCAUCAGCACUUUCGUCAAGAUUCAGAGUUUCUGUUCUGCUGUAUGGUUCUGCUGGCUGUGGGAAGAGGACUGUGGUUAAACAUGUCGCUAAACGAUUGGGCCUGCAUGUGGUCGAAUAUAGUUGCCACAAUCUGAUGCCAUCCUCUGAAAAAAAGGCAUCUGUUGCACUGGCCCAAGCUUUCAGUGCAGCUCACAGAUACUCGCCAACAAUCCUUCUUCUCCGCCAUUUUGAUGUUUUCCGUAAUCUAGCCUCCCACGAGGGAUCACCACAUGAUCAAGUUGGCGUGAACUCAGAAAUAGCAUCUAUCAUCAGAGAAUUUACCGAGCCAGUUAUUGAAGAUGAAGACAAUUUUUGUGAAGAAAAAUUAGAUGAUGAUACUGAAGUAAAGCAUGCUGAAAGAAUAUGCGGUCAUCCAGUGCUGUUAGUUGCAGCUGCUGACAGUUCUGAAGGGCUGCCUCCGACUAUUAGGCGUUGUUUCAGCCAUGAAGUUAGCAUGGGACCUUUGACUGAAGAACAAAGGAUUAAAAUGCUUUCCCAGUCUCUUCAACGUGUUUCUGACAUACUUCCAGAUACAUCUACAGAGGAUCUUGUAAAAGAGUUAGUUGGACAGACAUCUGGUUUCAUGCCUAGGGAUAUGCGUGCUUUAAUUGCUGAUGCUGGUACAAAUUUAAUUCCAAGGCGAAAUAUUCUGCCUGGCAAUGUUGAGUCUGGAAAUUUUGAUGGCAAGAGAACUCUUGGGUCCAAACCAGCGAAGGACAAUAAAUCAAUUAGUGAUGCACCUCAGGUCCUUGGAAAGGAAGACUUGGUCAAAGCAUUGGAGCGAUCCAAGAAAAGGAAUGCAUCAGCGCUGGGUACUCCAAAGGUGAAUUGA